UCACCCGCAGUUCUCCAUCGACACUAGACCAUGGGUCAAUCCACAUCUAUGCAGGAGGACAAGAUGAAGAAGCGCAUUCGCCAGGCCAUGGGCACAUUCAUGGACUUCGGCACGCACUUGAAAAACGCCAACGAGUGGGCCCGGAUCUGUACAACCCCCAAGAACUGCUACUUGUCGUUCCGCAUCGUGAUCGACCCGAACGUGUCGGCUCAGCUGCUGCCGUAUUUGUGGCGGAUCCACGGCAAUGUGGCCGUCGAGGUGCGGAAGAUGCGACGUCCUGUGGAGAUGCAGCUCAACCUGGGCGAGUUCCGCUUGGACAUCCCGCGCGACGCAACAUACGAGCUUGAGAGCUCCGGAACUAUCGGGCAGGCCAAGACGCUGACAAUCGCUCAGUUUUACUACAUCUACUGCUUCCUGUCCGACGUCAAGGCCUGUGCCGCGCACACCGUACGCUUCCCCGAGAAGACAACCAGUACAGGGGAGACAGAUUUCGAUGAAACGGAGUGCCAGAUCUGCAUGGACAAAAAGAAACAGGUCGCGCUGCCUUGCGCACAUAGUUUUUGUCUGAAUUGUUUCCAGCACUGGAGCACGCAGAGCCAAACGUGUCCGAUAUGCCGAGCGAAGUUUAACUGCUCAGAGGGCGACGAGUUGUGGCAACUCACGUCGGACGAGGUGGAAGAUCUGGGCUCCUACGCGACGGACUUAGUGGCGCGAAUCUAUGAGUAUCUGGACAAGCGCGACAUAUCGAAACACACGGAGGAAGACAUUAAGAGAUCCGCGGAGCUGUAUGCUGCAGCACUUGCCGUGAAGCAGUCACCGCUGCGUAAGUUUGUGCACACAGACCUGUUCCCGACGGCGUUGCCUCUGGGAUUCCCGUCCAUCUUGCGCACUGGGAUCAGGCUCGCGACGGAAUUUGACUCGGACUUGAUGCUGGCGCUCGAGUUGGCGUCCGGUGAGGAUCAGUAUGCGGCCAUGCAGCACUUUGAACAGCUCCAACGAGACCAGAUGCUCGCUGUAACGAUGGCCAUGCAGGCGGAGGUCGAAGAGAGUCCGAACGAGUCGUGACUGAGUUCAGGUCGCGAUAAGAGCGGGUCUUAUUUAUCAAGAAGCGGAGGAAGUAUCAUAUUGCGGGAUGAAUGCAGUCGCUUGAGGUUGACUGCAACGAAGACGGAUUGUCGAAUAGGCAGAUCAAAGCAGGGGGCUAGGCUCUCGUCGGGAAGAGUAGGUAGCACAAGGAAAUAACACAAUAGCUAGGGUGUAUGUUAAGCGUUAAUGCACGUGGAUGUUUACCGGUGAA